UUAUUCCACUGUGAACGCUCGAGUAGCGCGGUUCUACGUAUCGCGCAAAAAACCGAAAUAAGCAGAAUCCCUCUGUUGGGCAAAUAAAAAAGUGAAAAACAAAGGCGGCGCAAGAAUAAAGGAUAUAUUUGAUUCAAUUAAACGAAUCGCGUUUAAUCAUCAGGGUCGGAAAGUUUCGGAGAGCACUUCCGAUCACUUGUCCGCCGGCUGAUGCCGGAGCAUCGCUUGGUACUGCUGCGCGUGCCCGCCCAACCAAUCCAAUCCAAUCCCAACAUAAUCGCCAAGCCAUCAUGUUGACGACCGUCCUGAACUUUGCCCAGCGCGUCGCCGAGAUUUCAUUGCUCGGCGGCAUCGAGAUUGCAUCAGUUGCCCUUAUUGUCUACUACAUAUUCGCGAAGACGAGGGCACCGGUUAUCAUCGCUGGCCUGUUUCCCAACCUGAAUCUGAGCUACCGGACGAGCUACCUCAGCAAGAUCAACACCAUUCGAAGCGAUCUCCUGGUCACUUUGCGAUCAUCCAAUGAGCCCAAGACCCAAAACGCGGUGGCACAUGGCAUCGGGACGCAGAAUAUGUUGGAGCUAACCCCGCAGUCGGGUCAGAAGCCCUUCAAGAAGCUUUUUGACUGGGGUGUGCUGUUUCCUUAUGUUGCUCAGGUGGUGCGCAGCGAGAAGUUCGAGUACCGACAGGUCACCGAGAUCGUGCACAACGAUGUUGUGCUCAAGCACGCCAUUAAACAGGCCGCCGAGCUGACGCUUAGGGAACAGCGUUACGCCAAAAAUGGCCAUCGACUGCUCACGCGCAGCGGCAGUGGAGAUCAGAAGGCGCAGGAGGAGGACGACGAGAAAAAAGGCAUAUCCUAUCAGUCCAUUCUGCGCAAACAGGAACAGCGCGCCAUUAGCAUCCUGAAGGACAUGGGCUCCACCCUAAACAACGGCCUGUUGGCCUUCACCUCCUGGAUUCUCUACAAGCUGCUUCCUUGCUUUCUCUCCGGCGUCGUGACCAACACCAAGCAGAUCGAGAUGCUGAAAACUGCAACGGAACGUUCGCCGGGUACCCCGCUGAUCUUUGUGCCACUGCAUCGCAGCCAUCUGGACUACAUCAUGGUCACGUGGAUACUUACCAACAACGAUAUACGUAGUCCACUGGUCGCCGCCGGCAAUAAUCUGCAGAUCCCCGUUUUCGGUGGACUUUUGCGUGGUCUGGGCGCGUUCUUUAUCAAGCGCAAGAUCGACCCAGUGGAGGGCAAGAAGGAUGUACUGUAUCGGGCUGCCCUCCACCUGUAUCUCACCCACGCCUUAAAGCAGGGUCACAAUGUGGAGUUCUUCAUUGAGGGCGGUCGGACGCGCACUGGAAAGCCGUGCAUGCCCAAGGGCGGCAUCCUCUCCGUGAUUGUGAACGCCUUUAUGGAUGGCAGCAUACCCGAUGCCCUGUUGGUGCCCGUGUCCGUCAACUACGAGCGUCUUGUCGACGGCAACUUUGUGCGCGAGCAGAAGGGCGAGAAAAAGAUACCGGAGUCAUUCACGAAGGCCAUUUCUGGCAUUUGGAAGGCCCUGAAAUCGAACUAUGGCCUAAUGCGCAUUGACUUUAACGAGCCAUACUCGAUUCGGGAGCUGGUCAACUCGUACAACAAGAUAGCACGAGAGGAUGGGAACAAUACAAAGGUCUACAAGCCAGCUGCCAGAGUACUGCAGCACAAUCAGUCCACAUCCUCGCUGUACGGCACCGAUGUUGUAUGCGAGGAGCACCGCAAUCUCAUCGAAAGCAUCUCGCGCCAGGUGGUCUUCGACUGCGCCGCCGCCACCUCUGUGAUGUCCACCAAUGCGCUUGCCUUUUUGCUACUCACCCGAUUCAGAAACGGCGCCGAGGAGCAGAUUCUGGCCGAGGCCCUGGAUGAUUUGCGAAACUCUUUAUCUGGCUGCAAGGACUUGGGUUUUUCCGGAGAAUCUUCGCAGAUCCUCGCAUAUGCCUGUGACCUACUUGGUUCAGGUCUUGUGACUCGCACUCGGGAUGAGAAUGGGCGUUUGGUGAUUAGGGCUGUGAAUUCAGUGGAAACUUUUAUUGAGCUGGCCUACUACUCAAACAUGCUGACCCCGCACUUUGCCCUCAGUUCGAUACUGUUGGCUACCUUCCACUCCCUGCUCCCAGAAACGGAGAAUAAAACAGAGGCUGGAGUGUCCCGCAAAAAGCUGAUGGACACCGCCCUGGAAAACUGCCAGAUCUAUCGCUACGAAUUUAUUCUAAACAAGCCGACUCAAGUGCUGGAGAGCUUGCUGUACAAACAGUUGGACGACCUCUUGAUUAGUGGUUGCGUUCGGUCUGAAAAGCUGCACAAUGAUGCGCCAAAUGCGGAUGAAUGCAAACGCUUGGCCAACAGCCUGGCUGCCGACCUUGAUGAGGACGACGACUACCUCCAUGUGGGCAACGGCGACGCUGAUGAGCCCAAGUUGCUGUUCGCCAGCGAUACCCUUCCGCAGCAGCGCUACAUCUGCGAGGUGCUGGCGCCCUUCGCCUGGACGUAUGUGACUGUGGCGCAAUCCCUGCAAAUACUCCACCGAAACUCCAUGUUGGAGUCUGAAUUUAUUAGCUUUGUGAUUAACGAUUUGAGCAGCAAGGUCAAGCGCGGCAGCUGCAUCUAUGCUGAAAGCAUAUCAACUGACUCCGUGCGCAACUGUCUGAAGCUGUUGGAGAAAUGGUCUGUGAUCGAGGUAUGCAACCAGCAGGGCAUGCGCCUGAUCUCACUCAACACGCUCUACGAGAUGUCUCGGGAGUCGCUCAACGCGAUCGUCAAGAAGAUUGACGCAAUUGUGCCAAAAUUCAACACUGGUUACUUUAAUGUAACGCCCUAACCUAUAAUGGAGCUCGCUUUAUUUUUGGCACCACUCUUUUUUUAUCCGUGUAUAGUAGUGCAUAUCCACUUAAGUUUAAAGUGUGUACUCCUAUUACUUAGACUUAGAUAUGUCUAGUUUUAUAGUCAUACGAGUUUAUAUAUGCCAAAGUGCUAGCUUUACUGUAACUAAGCGACAAACAGUGAAAUAUGAACAAAUUUCUAAUGUAUAAUUUAAAAACAUUUACUAUGUGCCGCCUGAGGGCGGCAAGACAAACGAAAACAAUACAAUAUAUCAUCUAUACUGAACUGAUUAAUUAAA